AUGGAUAGACGGAGCGGUGGUCAACCCGCUGCUGUUGGAGCAGCUUCUCCUCGAAAACAUCAGUCCUUUCCUCUUUGCGUCACAGAUGUCUUGGAACAGGUAACGAAAAUUUGCGGUCAGCAAGGACAGAAAUGGCGUGGUCCUGCAGCACUACGAAACAAUGAAUUACAGUAUCAACUGGAUAAUGAUUUAUUUUGCAUUUCUCCAGAUCGGCGAGUAUCUCGGUUGAAUCAAAUACAACAGCUACGUCUCAUGCAGAUUCUUUGCGAUUAUUUUAAAGAAAGAGAAUCUGAACCACGCGGCCAUCAGUAUUCAUAUUUUGAAGCGAUAUUUUGUGGCCGUGAGGGCGAACCACUUUUGCACGAAACACGUAUUUCAUUGCUAAUUAACUUAUGUUCACUGGCAGUGCAGUAUCCAUGUUAUUCAGUGCUGAACCAUAUUUCGCAGUGGUUACAUAAGAUUGGCAGUGGAAAGUCAUAUGCACAGCAAUUUGUUUCCCAACUUGUCGAUCACUACAUUUUUAUUCCAGAUGAUUCUAAUUUGCACAAAUAUCUCUUACCUUUGGCUGAUGAAGUUCCUGAAUUUGUUUCGUAUUUCGUUACUUAUUCGGUCACUAGAGAUUCACUGCGACAAUCACUCUUUUUGGUUCUGAAUCAUUGGUUAACUGGUCGGCGUGGUGAUCUCAUUAUGGCAUUUAUCAAAGAAACUCCAAUUGUUACAAAGCAUUUCUCGUCUGUGACGUUUCCAUUUAUGGUUGUUUAUGAUUGCUCUGUUGGCGGUGUCUAUAAAAAUCCAUUGCAUGGUUUUACAGUAAUGCUUUAUUCCGACUGGAAAAUUUCUCCCUCAUUAGAGUUGAAACCGGCUCUCGAGAUUCUAUCAAAAGCUGCUGAUCAUUCAGUUUUUGACAAUAAUAUUCUACGCUAUCAUGUUCAUCUUGCGAAGCUAUCUCAUAUUCUUACACAAAAAGAUCUCUUGGAUAUUUUGGAGAGUCAGAAUUCGAGUGUAUUUUUCAAAUCGCUAAAAGAUGAACUUCUAGAAGUUUAG